ACGCUACUUGCAAUUCAUCACUUGAGCUAUAGCGGCCUUCGGAUUCGCACGCUGUUUACCUGCUGAAUUUUUUUGGCUAAAACUUUACCAUACAAAGGAAUAUACCAAACAGCUACCGGGAUGUUUCAUCUUGUGUGUCUUGUUGUCCUAGCGACACUUUCAGGUAAUGUGUUCGGAUGUGACGUUAACGCACUGAAUCAGUGCAUAGCAAGUGCAGCCCCAUCAGAUCCGAACGCUGGUCCCUGCGUGUCAUUCAAAGCAAUGAUGCAGUGUAUAGCCAUGUACUCGGACACCUGUUCUAGCGAGAUCCAGCCAUACACCACAAACCUGGCUCCAUUGAAAGACAUGUGUGGUGGCGGAGGAGGCCAAGAUGGGGGCUGUGAUAUGCAAGCUCUGAGUGCCUGUACUUCAUCCAUGCAAAGCCUGGGGGCAAUUGUUGGGGGCGACACCCAACCCAGCUCGGAAGAACUCAAGCAAGUUUGCAGCGGAUAUGCAGAAUUCCAGUCCUGUAUCGCUACCCUGCCACCUGCCUGUGCCGAAGUCCUCAAGACCAAUAACAUGCAGACUGAUCAGAUGGGCGCGAUGGUUGACCAAUAUUGUGGAGGAGAUGGUUGCGAUUUGAUGGGAAUACAAAACUGCAUGCAGGGGGUUUCCAUGGACCUAAAAUUUGAUGGGGAGUCGGCCUUGUCGUCCAUUGUGCAGGUUUCCAGUCAGUGUGGAGCACUUGAAGGGGUGUUGACAUGCCUUGAGUCCAAGUUCGAAGGUUGCAAGAAUAACGAUCUCGUAAAGAACAUGACUGGUCACAUGGACCAGAUGAAAAUGAUGGUGAACUUUGUCUGCAAGGAGAAGAAAGAAGUGAUCAUGGAGUUGGCCGGGUGUGCCAGUAAACCAGUGGCCCUGCGGAAACUCAGCGACUGCGAAGCCAAACAUCCCAUGACUAGUGACACAUCCAUGCAAUCUAAGGCACAGCUCUGCAGUGAGGUGAAUACCAUGUCCGAAUGUCUUAGAAUGGCUACCAGUAACGUUUGUACCGAGAAGGAGACCACGUCACUGAUUGACCUGAUGAAGGACGCUAUGAAGAUGUUCCUCAAAGGCCAGGACCCAUGUGAUGUCAGUGGAGCAGGUAUGCUGAUGAGCAGUGUUUGGACAAGCCUUGUGCUGGUGGUUGCCGCCAUUUUCCUGUAAAGAGGACAGUUCCAGGGAUUAAAAGUUACAGAGCUGAAUGACCUACAAUUACCAUCUGAUAGCGUUCACAUUUUACUGAUCUGGAUUGGCAGCAAAUAUUGGAAACCAUGACCCUCAUACUCCAUAUGAUCAGAGUGUUUACAUAAACAUUUUGAUUCUCCUGAAAAAAGCAUUGUCAUUAGAAAAAAAAAUCAAUCUCGGGUAACAAAUUAAAGGUCAGGCGUGUAAAGGUCAGCAGUUCAAAGGUCAGCAGUGUAAAGGUCAACAUUGAUAUUUAUAUUGGGGUAGCAAAGAUAUUUGUAACGACAACAGCAAUAACAACAUACUUUUGGGAGGUGACACAUGUGACGUCAUGGAUUACAUGUCUGGCCAAGUUCCAGAAAUGAUCAUGUGACAAGUCACAUGACUACACAGUAGUACUUUUGAUGACCAUGUGAAGGGUCACAUGGUUGGUGAAUUAUUAAAAUUGAUCAUGUGACAAGUCACAUGACUACACAAUAGUUGAGAUGACCAUGUUUUUCCUCAAACCCACAAUCUAUGCUGUACACCACUUAAUUUGCAUUUUUAAUUUUUAAACAAAUAUCUUGCCAUUUUUUUAAAUGUCUUAUUAUCUUUUGAUAUUUUAUAUUUUAAUCACAUAGUCAUCAAAUGAAAAAAAGCAACUUUUAUUUUAACAUAAUUUGAAAAUAUUUCCCAUUUACCAUUACUAAAACACUUGUCAAAACAUAAUAUCAGAUAACUUUUUCGCAUAAUUAGUAACAGUUGUAGAUAAAGAGGUUUUGUUCUAAGUAUGUAAUCUGUUUGCCUUUUGUUGUUCUGACAGUGGUUGAACCUGUUAGCCCAAUGCAAUGAGGUUUAAAAGAUAUUAAUUUUGUUCACACUAACAAAAACUCCAAAGUCAUUCUGAAGUGGAACAGACAAAGGCGAUCUUUUGACAAUAGAUUUCAGGAUCACUGGAGCUGUGUUCUGUAUUCAACGUUAGUGUCAGUGGAAAAACAGCACCUCAAAUUAAAAUGUUCGCAUGUUUAAUAAACCAGGAUAACAACAACCCUAGAAUUGAGUUGUGUGCGACCUAUGAUGCAUAUUUCACGAUCUAAAUACUUUGUGUAUAUGUGUAUGGUAUUUGAACAUCAAUACCUUCAUUGUUUAAAGAAACUAUGUUUUUCGUACCAGGAAGGUACAAAUAUUAUAAGACCAUGCAGUGUGUAAUAGGUUUAAAGUUAGUGUCUUUAGAAGUGUUGUAUACCAAACUUAAUAUACAUUAAAACUAUUUGUCAUUUAUUCCUACGAUUUCCCCUAAGAAUUUUUAUAGUUGCACUCGGUAGGAUGUUUUACGAAUAAUUUGAAUUGGCUACAUCAUUUCCGUUUUGUAAUUUUAUAUAAAAAGUAUUGCCCAUCACUGUCACAAAACACCCACUUGUGUACAGGACCUUAUCGUAAGGCACAUAUAUAUUUCCUUUUUGCUUUAAUACUUUUUAAAUACGCAUGUUUAAGAAUUGAGGUAGAAAACAAAUGAUAUGCAAUUUUCAUUGGGUAUUUUUUAAGGGAGGUAGUUAAGAAAAAAAUGCAGGGAAACAGUUUAGAUAAGAUUCACCUCUGUAAAAAAACCACGUGUCUUAUUAUCCUUGAUAAUUUUGUAUGCAAAGUGCCUGAUGAACCAGCUACAAAACGUUGUCAAUGAUUAUAAGAUAUAAGCUAGACAUUUUGCUUGUUUAUAUCUCCGGACAGUGUGUAAGUGUGUGUACAUGAAUGUUCAGUGGCCACAUUCCCUUCCUCUCUUCAAUUUUCAUUUUUUUGUUUUUGCUUUUAAGAAUUUUGUAUUCUGUUUAUAUACACAAAUGCCAUUAAGAUUUUUUAACACUUUCAUACUUGUGAUUUGUUUUUGUUAAGAACUUUAAUGGGCUCCCAUAUAUAUGUAUAUCAUUCCAAAUAUAAGUGGGGUCCUUCUUUGAGCAUUCUUCUUUUAUUUAAAAAAAGAAAAAAAGUUAAAAUCCUAAAACCUGGAUAAAAUAAAUUCAUUAGUCAUUUUGACUUUAUUUUUACCAUAUGCAAAUUUUAAAGUGGGUGAAAAUGUCUUCCUCAAAUCUCUCAUGGCACCUUGUCUAACUCAUUCACACCUACAUAUUUAAACUGGACUUGCCCAGUCUUUGAUUUGGCAAGGUUCAAAUGUGACUUUAGGGGUGAAUGGGUUAAUAGCAGUAAGAGUUGGACAAGUUCAUCAUAGAAAAAAAGUGCCAUUUUGGUUUUAAUUGUAGUGUUCAGUGCUAACUGUAUGUUAAUUGUGUGUUCCUUUAUCAGGUGUGAGUAAGAUGGUGUAGCGACCAGGUGUAGGGGUUUAAUUUAGCUAUACUUCAUUUAGAAGUUGUACAUUUGUAUGGUAGAGCUACGUGUUUCCUGUAUCUAUGCAUAACAUAUAUGAUUAAAAGUCAACAACAAACCUCUUUACAUGAUAAAAAAAACAUGUCAUUUUAGAUUCUGCCUAAUAUUAAUAAAAGUCUGCAUGAUUUAAUUCUAAACGAUAAUAUUUUGUUUAUACCUCUAUACCAUAUAGAUGGCUGUUCUAUUUAAUCAUAACCACUCAAUUGUAAUAGGAUAUAUAUAUGUGUGUGUGUGUAUAUCUAUAGGUAUGCUUUAUAUGUGUCUGUAAACUAAAAUUUCGUGGUGUACGUAUUUCCGUCAUAUAUAAUUGAAAAAUCAAAAAAACAUGUUUUUUCUAAUUCGUGAUCGAAAUGUACCCGCCUGUUUCUGUGCUGUUGGCCAGGAAAAAUUUAGAAAAAAAGGUUUAAAAACAGCAAUUAAAACAUUAAACAUGUCUUCCGUAACGUUAAACCAAUCAGACAUGUUUUCACGAUUAAUAUCACAUCAUACUGAGACUUAACAUUUUCCUGGUCGUCGGUACGUUUGGAAUUUAGGCCUUACUAGUCAGUUGUACCAUUGCAAACCGUCACAAAGUGUCAAAUUUUAUGAUGUACCAUAUGUUAAAAACUUAAAAGCACGGCAUCAAUCGGAUAUACAUGUAUCUUCGUCCUUUUACGCCGAAUUUCACGGAAAUGGCCGAGCGUUGGUCGACACUACCUAUGAUAUUUAGUCCAUGGUGUCUUUGUAUGAAUGUUUAUGUAUGUUUGUGUACUUCUGAACAAAAUAAAAGUGAUGUGAUGUUCUAAAACAAA